AAUCAAAACUAACAAAAAAAGCUAUUAAAAAACUCCACAUAGCUUAGCUGCAAAGUUGUGUUUUAUUUCUAAUUGCAGCCUCUGUACAAGCACGUUUAUUUCACCAUGACAAACUGUCAUUCACAUGUGGUCAUGGGCUUCUUAAGGCAUGACAUGUAGGCCCCAUGGAGUCUAAUCUCCAUCCCCAUCGCCUCUCGUUUCAUUGAUGUCUGUCUGUUUUUUGUGUGUUUUUUUUAUUUUAUGAAUGAACGGCAUAGGAGGAAAGGGGACGGGAAACUGGACGCUUUGUGAUUGGCUGCCAUCCGUUGACGUCACCUCCGCCGUGACGCGAUGCACCCAUUCAUAAAAAAAAAAAAAGGAAAAAAGAGAAACAAUCCAGAGGAGAAUCACUCGGAGAGGGAGAGAGGGAGAAAGAGAGAGGUGACCGGAGCGGACCGAGACAGAAGAGUAGUGCGGUUACAAUGAGCGGUUAGUGGAGACACGCAAAGCCGCCGCAGGAGCCGAAGUUUGGAGGGCGGUGUGGAGACACGCAGAGGACACUGAAGCCUACACACGCAGCCUGAAACGACCGUGCCAUGGAGGACCUGGGUGAGAUGGACUGCCCGGUGGUGAAGCGCUUCUUAAAGGACGACAGCGGCAAGUUCCUGCUGCUGGACUGCCGCUCCUUCCUCGCCUUUAACGCGGGGCACAUCCGCGGCGCCGUCAACGCCCGCUGCAACACCAUCGUCCGCCGCAGGGCCAAGGGCUCCGUGCUCAGCCUGGACCAGAUACUGGCCGGGGACGAGGAGGUCCGCAGCCGCCUGCGCUCCGGGAUGUACUCCGCCGUGGUGUUGUACGACGAGAGGACGCCGGACGCAGAGAUGGUGAAGGAGGACAGCACACUGAAUGUGGUGUUAAACGCAGUGUGCAGGGACUCCUCUGGCACACAAAUCUACCUGCUCAAAGGUGGAUAUGACAGGUUUUUCUCAGAGUACCCAGAGUUUUGUAUAAAGACCAAACCCUUACCGAGCCUCACCAGCCAGUCCAGCAUCGACUCUGCCUGCUCGUCAUGUGGAACGCCACACCACGACCAGGGCGGCCCAGUCGAGAUCCUCCCGUUCCUCUACCUUGGCAGCGCCCUGCACGCCUCAAAGAAAGAGGUUUUGGACGGCAUAGGAAUCUCCGCCUUGCUGAACGUGUCCGCUGACUGUCCCAACCACUUCGAGGGGGCGUACCAGUACAAAUGUAUUCCUGUGGAGGACAACCAUAAAGAAGACAUCAGCUGCUGGUUCCUGGAGGCUAUUGAGUUCAUAGAUUCAGUACGAGACUCCAGUGGGCGAGUGCUGGUCCACUGUCAAGCAGGCAUCUCCCGCUCCGCCACCAUCUGCCUGGCCUACCUGAUGAAGAGGAAGCGGGUGCGUCUGGACGAAGCCUUCGAGUUUGUGCGCCGGCGUCGCAGCAUCAUCUCCCCCAACUUCAGCUUCAUGGGCCAGCUGCUGCAGUUCGAGUCCCAGCUCCUCGCCACCUCAUGCGCCGCCGAAGCGGCCGCCACAGCGAGCCCGCUGCUCGGACCCAAGUCCUCGGCGACCAGCGUGACGACGGCAGCCACGCCCACAUCGCCGUUCAUUUUCAACUUCCCAGUUUCUGUGGUGAACCCCGCCUACCUGCACCACAGCCCGCUCACGACCUCGCCUGGCUGCUGAUGGACAGCCAAUCACAGCCUUCCCCCCGAAUAACUAACUCAGAACACGCUGGGCUGUCAUUGGCUGGAGGAGCUGUCAGUCUGGCUGACCGCUGCAGUAUGAACAUGCUUCCAGGACGGGGAGAGAGCGUGAGAAGCGACACGGUGCCUGAUUCAGAACUCAAAGACUGGAAAAAAAACUAAAACUUUUUAAAGUUUGAAACCAGCCAACGCUCCUUCCAUUUUAACACAAGAUUUCUUCAAAUUGACCAAAAAUGAACUGGCGUCUCAAGUUUCGGAUGGAGUGUUGGACUGAUGUUUACUCAAGAUACACCCUCUUCCUUGAAAAACAACAACAACAACAACAACAUGCACAGGGGCACACUGACACACAAACAGUGACACAGAGAGGCAAGAGCUGCAAACACUCUCUCUCUGCCUCACACACACACACACACACACACACACACACACAUUCAUGACUACCAACUGAAUAAGCUCAGUAUGAAGUCAGGGGCUGUUGCUAUGGAGACAACAGGUCUUUAGGAGAGGAGAUGGACACAGGAAGGAAGGAGGAAUUUUAAGCACCCGCUCUUUCCCCUUUGGGUGUCCCUCCUGUUGCCAGACAAAAGAGAUGGAUGGAAAAAAGAGGGGAGGAGACGGUGAUAGAAAGCAGGAGCCUCUUCCGUGACAGGUGCUCUGACCGGAGCUUCCUGUCUUUCAUACGUCCUCUUCCUCUAUCUGUCUCUCCCCCACACCUUCCUCUCCUCUCAUCUCCUUUUCAUCCUUUUAUAUUCCCUCCCUCCUCCUCCUUCUCCUCCUCCUCCUCUCAUCUCUGCCUCUCAUCUUCACCCCGUCCACCCCCUCUCCUCUGCUCCUCAUCUCCUAACUGAAGAGGCUAAAUAAAUAAAAUAAGAUGCCAAAUGAAGGCCAGGGCCCUUGUAAAUGGACUGGGGAAACCCCGCAGCAGGCCCCCUGAUACACACUGUAGGAAACCCCUUCUGCUACAUCACAAAAAAAUAGUUUUGGACGAAAGGGCUGAAAGAAAAAAGCUGUAGGAGACUGACGUCGUCACAAGAAUUUGUUUUUGCUCGUUUUUUUCUCUUAGAUCAGAGGGCAUAUUUCAGAGCACGGUGGCUCUGAAAGACAGCCACUUAAAGGACCAUUCUAAUGGUUUUGUAUGUUUUAUUUUAAAUGUAUUAUUAUAAAUUAUUCUUUACUGGUAACCAUUUUCCAAAACAUGCUCCAAAACAGCUUUUAAGACUAAAUUUUCAGAUUUUUUUCCUGCAACUUUCAUUACAAAUGAACUGAAAACAUUGGCCCCUAUAGGAGGCUUUAGAAAAUGUACAACACCAGCAAAUGGUCCUUUAAGAUGUUUGUGCCUUGUCCAUAAAGGUAUCCCAUGGAUUUUGGUGUGCUGCUAGAAAGCCGAUUGCUGAAUGUUAGUCAGACUUUCAAAAAAAAAAAAAAAAAAGCAUCAGUAUUUCAGCAGUGCAGUACAAACUCUCACGGUGUCUCUCUCCAUCUCUCACACUCACAAACACAUGAUAUACUGUAUAUGAGUAAGUCCAUAUUUGGCAUUAUACUGACAGUGAAUUUGACCUUUUUGAAAUAGCAGUUUCUCAGGCUGACAAAACAUGGAUUCCCCAAGCUACAAAGACAAAUUUCCACCUAAACAUUAAAUUCAAGCAAGCUUGACAAAUUUUUGGGGCAAUAUUUUUCUCACGUAUAUCCCCAAAGACAGGACAUUCAAACAUGGGUGUUUUACACUUUGCUUAGGCUUGGGCCACUCUGAAAAUGUUCCAGCCGGUUUGAAAUUAGGCCAACCAUCAGACUAGACUAUUUUACCACUAGGUGUCGCUCCCAGGUGGAACAUAAUGAGACUGAGAGAGACCAUGUCGUCCUCUCAGACGGAUUUUAAAAAAUGUCCAUAAAUGAGCCGUCAAAUAUACAUGUGGUGGCGGUUACUAUACCGUAAAGUCUACGUGUUGGAAUCACUGUUACUAAUGCAAUACAAUUUUGAUUUAGUACCAUUUCUGCCAUCAGCACGUAGCUGCUGAUUAAGGCUACUUUUUAAUGUGAUGGAACAUGUCGUAAUGAAAAAUGAACGUUCAGCCAGUUUGUGUAAAAUCAAACCGGAUAAGCUUGCACAACUCUACUGCUUACCAAACAUCAGGGACUCUCAUUGUUGUUCCUUGUGAGGGGAAUCCAGGUUCAAAUAAACACAAUCAAUUAUUGAUUUCACUUUUUAAAAAGGAAUGAUGGGAAAAGAGAGGAUAGCUUUGAGCUUGAGACCAUAAUCCAAUAACAGGAAGCUGUCCUUAUUAUUCAGUUGAUUCUCUUUUUUCCAUAUGUCCUUUAGCUCUCUGUGGCACAUUGAAGUCAUGCAAUACUGUACUUACAAUCCACUCCAGGAAAACAACAAAAGCAGUUUUUUUAGGUUGUUAAACCCAAACAUCAUGUCUAAUUUUCAUAAUGUCACAAUUUCAGAUAAUGUUUGUAUUGCUUCUGCUUUUGACCAGGUUAAGCUUUCUGUGCUAGACAUCCAAAGGCACAAAGUCCAACCAUGGUUGCUUUUAUACCCGGGUCCUGAUGUACGCACGACAGAUACACAAGCACACACACAUAUACACACAGGGUUUCAAAGAAAACAAACCUUUUCUGUUUUUGAAGAUUGUCGGCACCUAUCUCUGUAGCACUUUGAAGUGAUGCAAUACUGUAUUUAUAAUUUAUGAUUGAUUUGCACAUCAUGGUGAUGGUAGACUGACUAGACUUUGCAUAAAGACAUUUUGUCCAUGUAAGGAGAGACCGAGACAGAGAGAAAAGAGAGUCAAUCAGUGAAAAACGCAAUACUUUGUACACAUCUGUGUGGUAAUUGUCUGUCUGUCUGUCGGCCUGUCUGCCUCUCUGUGUUAGUCCAUCUGUCUAGACUGUCUCUCUGUCUGGUCAAUGCUGUUUACCCACCAUGGCAAUAUCAAUCCUCCACUUGGACAUUUAUAUAAAAGAAAAAAAAACAACUUUCCCUCAAUUUUAUUGUGGAAUGAAUGAUCUGUGCAUUUAUUUAUUACUGAAGAUCCACUGUUGAAUAAACAAUGUUCUUAAUUAA